AUGGAAAAGGAAAAAAAGAAAAGUGGUGGUUGCUAUUGUGGGCCACCAAUAGAAGAGCAAAUGGAGAAUAAACAAGAAAAUGAAAUAAAUAAAAUAGAUAAUAAUAGUGAUAAUAAUAAUAAUAAUAAUAAAGAGGAACUAGAUACAACAAGAUCAGAAAAAAGAAGAAAAUGUUGUGAUAUGUGCCAAUGUAAUAACAAUAAAAAAAAGAAAAGAAAGAAUAAAAAGAAAAAUAAUGAAAUUGAUAGUAGCAGUGGUAGUGAUGAUGAAAGUGAAUAUAGUAGUGAGGAAGAAGAUGAAAAUGAAGAUGAAGAUGAAGAUAAAAUGAAAAGAAAAAAAUCAAAUAAAAAGAAAUCUGAUGAAGAUAAUAAUAGUGGUAGUAAAAGAAGAUCUCAAUUAAAUAAUUAUAACAAUAAUAAUACUUUUAAAAAUGAAUCGGAAGAUGAAAUUUAUGAUUUUGAAGAGCAAAGUUUUGAAAAUGAUAGUGAAUAUAGUCAAAGAAUUAUCAACAAUAGAAUACCACUAAGACCUGAUAGAACAAGAGAUGGAUCACCCGAUUCUUCAUAUUCAUCAUCAACUACAACAAAUAAAGAUUUCAAUCAUGGUGGUGGUCAACAAAAGAUUCAAUGUUGUGAUAAAUGUUCAAAGGAUAAUAGACCAAAUGGUAGAGCUUGUUUAUGUCAAGUUCCAUCGACUCACAGAAGAGGAAUUUUAGGUGAAAGUGGAUGUAUUACUUGUGGUUGUGUUGGUUGUCAUCCAACCGAUGUAUUGGAAACAAAAUCAUCAAGUAGUUUUAUAAUAACAAAUAAUAGCAAUAGCAAUAGCAAUGGUAAUAAUAAUAAUAAUAAUAAUAAUAAUAAUAAUAAUAAUAAUAAUAAUAAUAAUAAUAAUAAUAAUAAUAAUAGUAAUAAAAACAAUAAUAACAGUGAUGUUGGUAUUAAUAAAAGUUCAAAUAGCAACAAUGGUAAUAGUGUUGAUGAAUUAAAAAAUGGUUGUUGUAGACCAUGUAUGAAAGCAUUUUCUGAAAAUGAUAAAGCAUGUUUAUGUCAAGUACCAAGUAGUGUAAGAUUAGGUGUUCUACCAGAAGGUGGUUGUAGGAUUUGUAAAUGUAAAGGAUGUCAUCCUGAAGAAUUCACAAAGAAAAGAUUCGAUGGUAGAGGAGUAGGUAAUGGAAAAAGAAUUUUACCAUAUCAACAACAACAACAAUCAUCAUCACAACAAUACCAUCAUAUUGAUUCUCGUAACCCUUAUGAUGAUUUUUAUGGUAGAUAUCCACCAAUUCCACAUCAUUUCUAUCCACCACCACCUCCACCACCUCCACAAUAUAGGGGUCAUCACCAUCAUCAUCCACCACCACCUCAUCACCAUGCAUAUCCACAUCCACCUCCCUAUUCAGGUUACCCAGAUAUUCAUCAUCCACAUCCACCACUUUGGGAUGGAUAUGAUUCAAGAGAUCCAAGAGGGGUUUUAGGUGGUUAUGGACCUGAUAAGAAAUCAUCAUACAGAGAUAAUGGUAUGGUUGGUGGAUUUGAAAGAGAUCGUUCAAAAGAAAGAAUAAUCGAUAAUAGAUCUGAUUAUAGUGAUAGAGAUUAUUCAAGAGGAAGAGAUAGAGAAUUUGAUGAUAGAGAUUUAUCUAGAGAAAGUACAAGAUCAAGAGAUCGUUCAAGAGAAAGAGACAGAACAAGAUCAAGAGAUCGUUCAAGAGAAAGAUAUACAAAUGAUAAUAGUACAAAUAAUAGCAAUUAUAAUAAUACUAAUAAUAGUAGUAAUAACAACAAUAAUAUAAAUAAUAAAUAUAAAGAAAAUUACUAUGGUGGUGGUACUUAUAGUGAAGAUGAUUUUGGUAAAUCUCAAACAACUAAAGAUUAUGAUUUAUAUGAGAAAGAAAAUCAAUAUGAAAAAAAGAAAGAAUCUGAUUGGUAUUCUCCAAAUUAUACCUUUAGUAAUAAUAAUAAUAAUAAUAAUAAUAAAAGAAUAUAA